AUGGUCGCGACAGCCAUGGAAGCUACCAGCGAGCAAUUCCAGACACUAUACCGCUCUAUGUGUAUCUUCGUGGACUCUUGCAUGUCCGGCCAUGAUCCUUCCCACAACCCAGCCCACGUCCACCGCGUGGUCAACGUGGCCCUCGCCAUUCUCCAGGCCGAACAAGCCCUGCACCCCGAAAAGCAGCUCAACACAGCAGUGGUCAAGCUUGCAGCCCUCAUGCACGACAUCGGAGAUAGAAAAUAUCUCCACAGCUUGUCAUCGGUGAUAGACUCUAAUGUGGAAUCACUCGAUCCCGAAACAAUGGUUGAGGUCGCCCUCAUCAAAAACGGAGCCCCGGCGGAUCUCGCCUCCAAAGUGCAGACAAUCGUCUCGCACGUGUCCUACACAACAGAAUGCAAAGACCCGAGUGUAAUUCGUCGCCUGAUAGACGAGGGAUAUCCUGAGCUAGCGGUCGUACAGGAUGCUGACAGGCUGGAUGCAAUUGGAGCCAUUGGCAUCGGCCGGACUUUCACAUUUCUUGGGGCACAGGGCAAAAAGUUUGUCGGAGAUGACGGCAGGUGGGAGAUGGAUAACUCGAUCGAACAUUUCGGGGGCAAGCUGGAGAAAUUGGAGGGAAUGAUGAAGACAGAGACUGGGAAAAAAAUGGCGGGUGUGCGCACAGAGAGAUUGAGGGUGUUCCGCGGAUGGUGGGAGGAGGAGAUGGCCCUUUCUAAUUCUACGGUGUAA